AUGCUUAAACCCCGGGUUGGGCGCCAUUACAGGCGGAGAGGAAAGGCCCUGGUUCCCUGUCCAAACCCCUCAAUUGCAGAUAUCUUGGCCCUCAGUCCGAGUGAAGAGAUACUCACUGUGCUGAGCAAGCCUACAUGGGGUCACACUGUACUCCUGCAUGACCUAUCGUAUGUCUCUAAGGCUGGUUCCGGCAUUGGACCUGCCGAAGUCGAAUCGAUGCGGCUCGUGUCUCGCCAUACCUCUGUUCCUAUCUCACAUGUGAUACACACCACAUUUAAUGCAUAUUAUGGCAGGAUUGAAAUGAGCAUCGUACCAGGAGUCUCCCUCGAUACAAGAUGGGAUAUGUUGGAUGAACGAAGCAAAGAGUCCGUCUGCCGCCAAACGUGGAAUCUAAUCGCCAAGGUUCAGGCUAUCCCGCGGCCACCAGAGCUUGAUGGCUUUGUUCGAUGCGGAGUAGAUGGCUCUGCUCCCCGUGAUUAUAUUUUCAAGGACCUGCAAGACCCUCCUCGCGCUCUGAGAAGUGAUGCGGAGCUGCGCGCUCGAGUCCAUGAGCGAUACGUGCACUUUGGAGGCUAUCAGUAUGAAUAUGAACUCUCAGAGAUGCUGCCACGAUCCGACCGUACUGUUUUCACCCACGCCGACAUCGCGCCUCGGAAUAUAAUGAUUGACGAAGAGAACAAAAUCACAGGCAUACUGGACUGGGAACAUGCGGGCUGGUAUCCCGAGUAUUGGGAAUACGCCCAAAUCCUCCGGUCGGCUUCCUGGGGCGAUUGGUCUGAAUGGAUGGACCGCACCGCACCACGGAAAUGGGAUCUGCAUGGAAUAGAGGCUGCCAGGCGAGUUCUAUUACUGGCCUUAGAUGAGCCGGCUUAUUAUUGGUGA